CUUGGCUUCACAGUUGCCACCAUCUCAAAACCAUUAUCAACCACAGAAACACUAACACGAAACAAAUCCAUGUCCAUAAUGCCAAUCAACGAAAAAAUCUCCAUUUCCUCCUCUCAGCUACAUAUAAUAAAUUCUACCAUCAGGUCUUACCGAAUUCAAGAAAGCCCAGUAUUCGACUUCCAGAGCAUUUGCAGUGGAAUUAGAAUUUAGAAUCCAUGUCGCCUUCGUGCGCCAUAGUGCCAGGCACGCUUAGAACAGAUUGGUUCAACCCGAAUAGGAACAGCCUAAUUGCUCCUGCGAGAAUCAACCAGAGAGGCAAGUGCGAAUUGAGUAGAAGGGGUUUUGUUUUUAAAGGGAUUUUUGCUGCUGGAGCUUCAGUUAUAGCCCCUUCUGAAGCUGCACAGCCCUCUCAAGGGUUGGAAAGGUUGCCAUUUAAGCCAGAGGGGUACAACUUCUGGACAUGGAAAGGCCACAGAAUUCAUUAUGUGGUGGAAGGAGAGGGGAUUCCAAUUGUUCUAGUUCAUGGCUUUGGUGCUUCUGCUUUUCACUGGAGGUAUAAUAUACCAGAAUUGGCUAAAAAAUACAAGGUUUACGCUCUGGAUUUGCUUGGGUUUGGAUGGAGUGAGAAGGCACUCGUUGAGUAUGAUGCCUUGAUCUGGAGAGAUCAGGUUGUGGAUUUCUUGAAGGAGAUAGUCAAAGAACCAGCAGUUUUAGUUGGAAACAGCCUCGGAGGGUUUACAACUUUGGUAGCAGCAACAACAUUGCCAGAAAAAGUGAAAGGAGUUGUCUUGUUAAAUAGUGCAGGACAAUUUGGGGACGCAAGUUCUGCAACGACUGAGCAAGAAGACACAGCCUUACAGAAGCUCAUCCUAAAGCCAUUGAAGGAAAUCUUUCAACGUAUUGUUCUUGGGUUUUUGUUUUGGCAAGCCAAACAGCCAGCUCGAAUCGAAUCCGUUCUGAAGAGUGUCUACAUAAAUUCUUCAAAUGUAGACAAUUAUCUUAUCGAUUCAAUAACUAGACCUGCAGCUGACCCUAAUGCAGGAGAGGUGUAUUACAGGCUAAUGACACGGUUCAUGUCGAACCAGAGAAAGUACACUCUGGAUGCAGUCCUGAGCGAGCUGUCUUGCCCGUUGCUGUUGCUGUGGGGCGAUUUGGACCCUUGGGUGGGUCCUGCGAAGGCCAACCGAAUCAAGGAGUUUUACCCAAAUACUUUGCUGGUUAACCUGCAGGCGGGGCACUGUCCACACGAUGAAGUUCCAGAACUGGUGAAUAAGGCACUGCUGGAUUGGUUGUCAACUCUCAAGCCUUAGCUUCUUCUCCUUCUCUACAACAAGGAGGUUCAGUUCUAUACAGCCACUGCGUUGCUUAGAUGUACGUUCAUGAGGUUCGCUCGCUGUAAUUGAAUUGUAUAUAACUAUAUUCUUUAGCUUGAUUAUCAAGAAAAGCUUUUGGUUGGUUGUUCUUUGAGCUGUUAUUUGCAAGUUGAGAAAAGCUUUUGAUUGGUU